AAAGGAUACAUUGUGUUGUUUCUUCAAUAGCACAGAGGUACUGUUACCGUGAUUGCUAUUUCAUUCUCUGUGGUUCUGAUAGGUUAAUUGUGGGGAAAAAUGUAUGGAUCUAUUGUAAAUUGAAGGGGACAAACCAUGCAUCACAUUGGAAAAAAAAAGCAACUAGCCUUUGUCUGAUCUUGCUGGGCUGAGUCAGCUGAUCUGAUCUGAAUUUCUGACCUAAUUUUAGUAGAGUACUUAGUGAUCAUGCAGAGAAAAUAAGGUUAACAUGCUGAUCAGUUAGCUGGGAGUAAGCCAUGGUAAAUAUUAGUGCGUAUACAUUUAAAGCCUAAUUUUUAGGCCCUCUUUCUUCCUUCCUUUAUUUGUCUGGACUUACUUACUUGAUCGUUGUCUGUUCAGGAGGCUGUGUCCAGACCAAGACAAUACACUGGCGUGUUGCCCACAGAGCUUAUAAAUUGCAAAUAAAGUUACGAAGCAGCAUUAGUUUCACUGGGAGUAAGCUGCAGUACUGUGAGAUGUACAUUUGCGAUGAUACAGUAUCUGCCGUAGGCAGUGUUUCUGGGAACAGAAGGUAGGUUUGGCUCUGCUGUUCUGGGUGCCAGGGAAAAGGUGAGAAUUUUGAGUUUACUUAAGGCACCUCUUAUUAUAAGCAGUUGCUUCCUUACUCAUCCUUAACUGAAAUACAUAUAUUUAAAUACUUUGCAUCUAUUAUAUUUAGUCUUGUGUGAUACUUCCUUGGUGACUUUUUCUAAAAUCGUAUAAGUACAAAGCCUUAGUAAGAAAUAAUGAACCCUUCCUCCUCCUCCUCUGUCUCGUAAGGCUGAAGCAUGUUGCAUUAAUCAUAGGGAGUGGCAGGGGUUGCACACUUUCACAGGAGAUGCAUGCUUUCAAAGUUUUGGCUUCUAGUUUUUAGGUAUCAUUUGAGAUCCUGUUUCUACUGGGGGAGUUGACAUUUUGAUUUGUAAUACUACAAAAAUGUGUCUGCUCUAGUGUGAAGCUGGUGGUGUCAGUAGGCAUGCAUUUCUGCCUGCCAAAUCUUGGAUGUCGCCACCAAAAUAUUUCUGCUUCUGAUGGUUUCCCUGACUCCUAGCUCAUUCCCAGCACCUAAAUGGCUCUGUGCAAAGCCUUGUUUCUGCUUGUUGAGGGAAGUAUCCAGACAGAUGCCGUCAAGAGGAGGAGCUUUUAGGAGCACUGUUUGUGCUAAAGCUAGCAGAAAUGGGCCAGCCAGCCAGUGGCAGAGUUAAGCUCUUGUAAUAAAGAAGGAAUUGUAAUGAGCAGCUGUCAUCCUAACCUCUCCUUUCCAUGGCAACUCAAAUAUUGAAGAAGACUAACCCAUGGGCAAAACAUAGGUGGAGAAGUAGUGAGAGGAAAUGAAGGAAGCUACGUGGGGAAGCAUUUCCGCAUGGGAUUUAUGACAAUGCCUGCUCCUCAGGACAGAUUGCCACAUCCUUGUUCCAGUGGCUUUGCCGUGAGAUCCCAGUCUCUUCAUUCUGUUGGAGGAACUGACGAUGAAAGUAGCAGCUCUCGCAAGCAGCCACCACCUAAACCUAAGCGAGAUCCCAACACCAAACUGAGCACCUCAUCUGAAACAGUCAACACUGGAACAACAAGUAAGAGUGGGAAACUACCGGAUAGGACUGAAGUGUCAGCCAAACCAAGACCUCACAGUGAUGAAUAUACAAAGAAGAUUCCACCUCCUAAACCGAAACGAAAUCCAAACACUCAGCUAAGCACAUCUUUUGAUGAAACUUAUAUCAAAAAGCAUGGCCCUAUGAAGACACCACUCACUAGGGAUGCCUCCUUGUCACAGGUCAGCAGUCCUGCCCCAGACACAGAGGAAGAAGAGCCUGUAUAUAUCGAAAUGGUUGGGAAUAUACUCAGAGACUUCAAAAAAGAUGAGGAUGACCAAAGUGAAGCAGUCUAUGAGGAGAUGAAAUACCCUAUAUUUGAUGACGUAGGCCAAGAUUCAAAAUGUCAAUGUGAAUAUGACCAUCACACUUGUUCUUCUCAGUGUGCUACUCCCACAGUGCCUGACCUAGAUUUCACCAAGUCUUCAGUGCCAUCUACUCCCAAGGGCUUGCUUUGUGAUAUACCCCCACCAUUUCCAAAUCUGCUUUCUCACAGACCUCCACUGCUGGUGUUCCCGCCAGCACCAGUGCAGUGUUCCCCAAAUUCUGACGAGUCUCCUCUAACUCCGCUAGAGGUCACAAAGCUUCCCGUUUUAGAAAAUGUGUCUUACAUCAAACAACAAGCUGGAGCUUCUCCAUCUUCAUUGCCACCUCAUACAGCAGGCCAUCAAAAACUGGAGAAAGAGCAGACAGUAUCUCAUGGAACUAGCACUCCUGGGCACACCUCCUCACCUCCUCAUCCUUCUACCUUAUACAGAACACAGUCUCCACAUGGUUAUCCUAAAAGUCACUCUGCCUCACCCUCUCCUGUCAGUAUGGGUAGGUCUCUUACCCCUUUAAGCCUCAAAAGACCUCCACCUUAUGACUCUGUACAUUCAGGAAGUCUCUCAAGAAGCUCUCCAUCAGUGCCUCAUUCUACAGCCAGAAAUACAUUGCAAGAGGGAGGAAAGAUGGUAAAUGUCUCGGUCAGUACAUAUGGGUCGUCAUCUCAGAGUGGUUCCCGUUCUCGGACACCUACCAGUCCUCUGGAGGAACUAACCAGCCUCUUCACCUCAGGACGAAGUCUCCUGAGGAAGUCCUCCAGUGGCAGAAGAUCUAAGGAACCUGCAGAAAAACCGCUAGAUGAGCUGAAGAUCAGAAGUCACAGCACUGAACCACUACCAAAGCUGGAAAACAAAGAGAGGGGAGGCCACCAUGGGACAGCUUCCUCCAGGGAGCCAGGGAAAGCUCAGGAAUGGGAUGGAACGCCGGGCCCACCCAUGGUCUCCAGCAGGCUGGGGAGAUCCUCUGUCAGUCCAACCAUGUUGGCUGGAAGCAACAGCUCAGAGCCUAAAGCAAGUUGCAGAUUAGGUCGGUCUGCGUCCACAUCAGGUGUGCCUCCUCCAUCCGUUACUCCGCUCAGGCAAGCCAGUGACCUUCAGCCGAGCCAGGUGACGUGUAUGCAGUGGUUGCAAGGGGACCAUACAAUGCUGGAUAUGAUUGAGAAAAAACGUUGCCUCUGCAAAGAAAUAAAAGCUCGACAGAAAUCAGAAAAAGGACUCUGCAAACAGGACAGCAUGCCUAUUUUGCCGAGUUGGAAAAAGAAUACCGGGACCAAGAAAUACAGCCCUCCUCCUUACUCCAAACAACAGACUGUUUUCUGGGACACUGCAAUUUGACAGGCGUGUGGAGGAUGCCCUCUCCACCAUGUUGCACCAUGCACAGGUAGCCAGCUUUCUUAAUAAGGCAAAGGCUCUAACAUAAGACUUACCUGCAGGUGGUGAACUUCCUAGGAAAAAAAACACCCACACAGUGCUCACCUGUCAAUCAAGAGAGAGAUUUAAGUUUCUGACUGGAUUAAGGCAUACAUAUUUAUCCAGGAUUUUUUUGGAUCCAGAAGAUAUCAGAAUGUAAAUAUUUUGCCGAUAUAUUGAAAACACCCAAACUAAUGACACUGCUUAAAUAUAUAUAUAUAUAUAUUAUCUAUAAAUUCAAAAAAGUUUAUGAAGAAUUUUACUAUAUAAUGUUACUGUUAUACUGUUUUAUUAACUAUUUUCUAUGUGGUAUUCUAACGCUCCCCCCUGACCCCCUUCCCCCCACCAUUUUAUUUCUCUUACCUGCCUAGAUUUGGACUCUGUACAAAAGCAUGUGGUUGUACCUUUUGUUUAACAUGACAAUGUACAAAACAACUUGGUGCUAGGGCUGUAGAAGUUACCUAGAGUUGUGCCCAUUAGACAUCCUUAGCUGUUUUGGGGGAGGGCUGGACAAGGGAGAGAGUUUUGGUGGGAAACAACAAAACUGCAAGCAAUGCAAAUACAAGUGCUCGAUCUGGAUGCCCAAGUUGCAUUUACAACACGAAUUGUUCUGCAUCAGUUUUCUUGUAAUCACAUAAAUUGCCCUUGGUUUUAUCCUCAUCGGUUAUUAAAAUCUCCAGCUAUAAUUUUUUGGCCAAGAAGGGAAACUAAAUUUUCUGCAGAAAAGCCUGCGACAGAAACUCCUCCUUCGUGACCUUCAGCUGGCUAGCGGAGACCAUGGUUCACUGUGACUGAGCAUUGUACAGCCCGUGGCGAGGAGCCCCAGUCGUUAGCAGGUCAAGGCCGUGGCCCUGCAGCCACAGAUCCUGUCCUCAUUUGUCUUUGGUCCAGAAAAUAAAGGUGACAAAACCUGUUUACGUGUUUAGUAGUUUUAAAUCCAGCAACACGUCCUGUGUCAGAUUACCUUGUGUUACCUAUGAAGGCUGGCAUUCAGACCCCCAAAAGCUGGUAGGGAGAUCUCCCUCCGUUUCAUGUGGUUUUGGAGCAGAGGCCAUAUAACCGUCCUCCCAGGUACGCCACGUCGUCUCCCUGGCUGCCUCUGCAAUUGGCUUACAAUCCUGUAUUAUAUCACACCCACUUUAACAGAAUAUUAUGUCAUGACCAAAGAAUUACGACCUCCUGGUUUUAAUGGGAGAAAAAGACGGCUUAUGCUGAUUAUGAGGGUGAAAUCUAUGAGGUGAAAAAUCUUCCAAAAGAAGCUGUUGAGAACGAGGGAAACUUGUACUGCUGUGGAAUUGUGGAAUGGAAAAAAAAA